AACAACUUAACAACCAGCCAGCAGUUAGAUGCACACACACUGCCGGGCAUGGUUCCAACGCUAAAAAGGCACUAAUUGCUUUUAUAGAAGGAGGUAGAGACCGCGUCCCUCCGUGUCCUUACUCCUGAUGUCUGCAUUAUCGGAUCUGUUACCGUGUUGAUUGCUCCUGUCUCAGCAGCCACCGCGGGCUCUCUUCUGCCUACGUCCGGGUGGGUGACAGGUUCCUCUGCAGAGAGAGGAGCAGGUCUGGGUUGCAUCGGCCCUUAGAGGAUGGAACCCAUGAGCCCACCCCAGCUGUGAGCCCGUCCCAGCUCGCCAGCCCCGUGGGAAGCAGCAGGCAAGGAUGGAUGUGGUGGACAGCCUCCUCGCCAACGGAAGCGACCUCUCUCCUCCCUGCGAACUCGGCAUUGACAAUGAGACGCUUUUCUGCGUGGAGCAGCCCCAGCCUUCCAAGGAGUGGCAGCCCGCGGUGCAGAUUCUCUUGUACUCCUUGAUCUUCCUGCUCAGCGUCCUGGGAAACACGCUGGUCAUUGCGGUACUGAUUCGGAACAAGAGAAUGAGAACGGUCACCAACAUCUUCUUGCUGUCCCUGGCGGUCAGUGACCUCAUGCUCUGCCUCUUCUGUAUGCCCUUUAACCUCAUCCCCAACCUGCUCAAGGAUUUCAUCUUCGGGAGCGCUGUGUGCAAGACCACCACCUACUUCAUGGGCACCUCUGUGAGUGUAUCCACCUUCAAUCUCGUAGCCAUAUCUCUGGAGAGAUACGGUGCCAUUUGCAAGCCCCUGCAGUCCCGGGUCUGGCAGACAAAAUCCCACGCCUUGAAGGUGAUCGCUGCUACCUGGUUUCUCUCAUUCACCAUCAUGACUCCGUACCCCAUUUACAGCAACUUGGUCCCUUUCACCAAGAACAACAACCAAACCGCCAACAUGUGCCGUUUUCUGCUCCCCAGUGGUGUCAUGCAGCAAUCCUGGCACACAUUCCUGUUACUCAUUCUCUUUCUUAUUCCUGGAAUUGUGAUGAUGGUGGCAUAUGGACUAAUCUCUCUGGAACUUUACCAAGGCAUAAAGUUUGAUGCUAACCAGAAGAAGUCUGCCAGAGAGCGAAAGGCCAGCCCGGAGAGCGGCAGCCGGUACCAGGACAGCGACGGCUGUUACCUGCAGAAGUCGCGGCCCGCGCGCAAGGUGGAGCUGCGGCCGCUGCCCGCCAGCCCCGGCGCCCGCAGCCCGCGCAUCCGCAGCAGCAGCUCGGCGGCCAACCUGCUGGCCAAGAAGCGCGUGAUCCGCAUGCUCAUGGUCAUCGUGCUGCUCUUCUUCCUCUGCUGGAUGCCCAUCUUCAGCGCCAACGCCUGGCGCGCCUUCGACACGGCCUCGGCAGAGCGCCUGCUCUCGGGCACGCCCAUCUCCUUCAUCCUGCUGCUCUCCUACACCUCCUCGUGCGUCAACCCCAUCAUCUACUGCUUCAUGAACAAGCGCUUCCGCCUGGGCUUCCUGGCCACCUUCCCCUGCUGCCCCAAGCCCGGCCCCCCGGGGGCGCGCGGCGAGGGGGCCGACGAGGAGGACGGCAGGACCACGGGCGCCUCGCUGUCCAGGUACUCCUACAGCCACAUGGGCGCCCCGUGAGGCG